GCGUAUCUAUGUGGAGGGCAUGCAUUUACGUGCACUCAUGCUCUUCUCCUUAAAUCAUAUAUAAUGAUGUUAUAUUUCUUUAAAGUACUUGAAUAUACAUGUAUGCACUCAAGCUUAAGUGUCAUAUGGCACAAUGAUCAUUGGUGCACCUCUAUUAAGUGAGGUGAAGGUUCAAAUCUUAUGGCUAUUUUGACUUUUUUUUCUUCUAGAAUUGGAACUACCCAUUGGGAAUGGACAUAUUUUCGAUGUCCCUUAUUGCUUGUUACAAACAUGGUCAUAUCCUUUACAAAAUUAUUAUCUCUGAAUGUAGGUCACUAUCAAAAGUAAAGCAAAAUUAUAGGGAACAGAACAAGGUAGCGUAUCUCUUCACUGAGAAAGGAGUUAAGAAAACAAUUUUUCAUAACAUUAGAAUUUUAAUAGUUCCUCCAGUGUUUGCAAAUAAAAUGGUAUGGACAUUUUAGGAACUACUUCAAAAUGAAUAGUACCUAUCACGGGCUCAACUUUUUCGCGUGUCAGCGGCACACAAACGCCCGUAAGGCGCUCAUAGUCCAUCAUGACUACAAGCCAGCCUAUCUUAUUUUCCAGGUUUCUAGGCACGAUCCAAUGCCUAUGGUGAAGUCGCCAUGAAGGCUCGCUUCAAUUGUGCCGCCCGAUUGAUGUCGACUAACAUACUAGCAUACUCUUGUGGCGCAUUCCCAUCUGCUAGAUCUCGUCCAUGCGCACAUCUGGAUUUGGCUACGGACAUACUAGUCCCUCGCCUGGACCUGAGCAUAGCUAUCGCGUGUACAGUCCUAUCCUUGAGCUUGACACUCACUUCGUUCAUCGUUCAUGCGCACCUCGCUCGUGCCUUGCCCAAGUAGGGCAACAUCCAAUCCUUGGCCUUAGUCAUGUGCGUCUUUCAUACCAUCAUUUCGGUUGUCUUAUGACCUAGCCAAAUAUAGCCCACGCGACAUGUAUUCUUCUUACAUAGUGCAGCGUCGCCCCACGACUGCACUUCUAGGCCAACGAACCCUUGAUCGCAUGGCUGAACCUUAGCCGAGCUCACAAGUUAGCUCACGAGGCUCUUGAGAGAGUCCCUCGAUCACUCAUUCGGCACGGAGGUCUCAUUCCAUCACAAGAUCAGCCCGCGAGGCAUAAUCGUCCCAUAUAUCAAGCCUCCGGCUCCCUUGGGGCGCCCAACGUUGGCCCAAGGCCACACGCCGUCCAUAGAGCUCCCAAACUCAUAUGGAUACCUUUCACACUCCUUUGAGGUGCCAAGGCAGGCCCUUGAGGUUGUCCCUCAAGGCAUCACACUUGGGGCGGUCCAAUGUCAACACACUCGGGAAGGACUGGUAGGCUGUCACCAUGUAUACCCCCCUUAUAUAUGCUCUAAAGAAAAAUACCCAAUUGACCCAGUAGACAUGUUUUUGCCAGAGAAUCACAAUAGGUAUUUCUCACUCAUCCGAACUCCAAAUGAGGUGCCGCUUGUUCUCAAUUACUCCUCUUGACUUCCUUCACAACUCCAUGACCCAUUCCCAUAAUCAUGGAACGAGUUAUAGCCUUCGGAAGCUUCAGCUAAUUACGACAAUACCACUGCUUCCUUGGCUAAGCCAAGCCCUUGGGUAAACCAACGCCAAAUGACCCCAAACUUGGUGAGCAUAUACAAGGCCCUUCUAGGAACAAGGCUUUAACCCGAAAUUCCUAAAUUCCAACUUUAGCUCCAGAACGCACGGCGCUAACAUUCGUUGCCGCACGUGGCCGACCCCCAGGGGUAGCCCUUGGGCUUCUCCCAAGUCUUUGUCAAACAUCUUUGGCACUCAUGGCCCAUGUCAUGCAACAUCUCUAGGUGGUUGUUGCCUCUUGCCAUGCCCCUUUGCCCAAUUGCCUACUUUAGCCCAGUGUCAGCGCAGCCGCCUGCACUGCUGACACUUAUGCAGCCCAUCAAGGAUGCACUUGGCCAUGCCCCAAACUCUGGGGCGCAACAGUACCAAUCUGUUAAAUAUUAAAGUGGAGGGAAAACCCUUCCAAAAUGUUCACUCUUCUCAGCUAUGGGGAAAGUAACAACUUACAAAUCUUACAUUACACCAUAUAGGACAUAUGGUCCCUUUAUUUCAUGGUUCAAAGUCCAACACAGAUGAUUCUUUUACAGGGAAAAAUUCAAAUGUUAAAUGCCUGCACUAUUAUCCAUAAGCUCUUAGACAGAGGGAGAGAGACAGGUCAACAAGAAAAUGGCUUUGAAAGAGCAAAUGAAUAAGAAAAGACUUUUCGAACUUGGUUCCCCAAGAACACAUAUUUUAUAGUGAGUUCCCUGCCUUCAACGUUCAAAUAACCCUCUUGUCCUAUUAUAAUUAUACACACAGAUAGGUGUUUCUUUAUUGCUAUAGUAUUAACAAAAGGAAUAAAAAGAAGAAAAAGUUGCAUCUUAGGAGAAGAAUUUGGAGUUUCGCUGAACAUCUAUAGUAAACAAACAUCCCAGAGACCAAGACUAGAGUUUUUGGAACCUCUGUUCAUAUAAACUCUUUUAUUAAGAAGCUGAAAUGCCAAGAUUAAGAGGAUCAGACAUGCCUCAAAGGCAAUCACCUCGAGUUCCUUCGCUACUCAGAACAUUAAGCUCUGAUUCUGAUAAAAGAAGUCCUAAAGUAGGAGAUCGUAAAUCUCCACGAGGCGCUCAAUCUGAUCCACAAAAUCAAAGGAAACUUGGUACAAGAAUUGCAGAUUUGGAUACCCAACUUGGGCAAGCACAAGAAGAGCUCAAAGAUCUUAAGGACCAAUUAGAAUCAGUUGAAACAGCAAAAAAAGCAGCUCAAGAACAGCUUGAGAAAACCAAGAAAUCUACUGUCCCAGAGCCUGAGGAAAUCCAAGAAGUUGAUGUUUUUGAAGUCCCAAAUGGUGAAACUAGCCAGCCCAUUAAUGAAGAUAAGCAAAAGAUCACAACUUUAUCACCUGUUGAACCAGAGAAACCAUCACAUGAGGAGAUGGCUUUGAAGAAUGAAGAAAUAAGCUUGUUGAAAGCAAAGUUGGAAGAGAAAGAAAAAGAGUUUCAAGUAUAUUUCCAAGAAAAUGAGAACCUGAAGAAGGAACUAAACGAAAAGACUCUGGAAAUCUCAUCCGCUAAGGCAAAAACAGAGGAAAUGAACCUCAAGUUCAACCAAGUUACUCAAGAACUUGAAACAACCAAGAACGACACUUCAAAAAUAAACGAGAAGCUCACAGUCACCGAAAAGGAAAAGGAGGAAUUAGAAAGUGAGAUGAAGAAACUCCGAGUUCAAACAGAACAAUGGAGGAAAGCUGCAGAUGCUGCAGCAGCCGUGCUGGCAGGGGAAGUGGAGAUAAAUGAGAGAAGGCGGCUUUCUGAGAGGUGUGGAUCAAUGGAUUAUAAGCGUUACGGUAAUAUAUUUGAACCAACAGUUGGAGGAUAUGGUUGUUACAUGGGUUCACCAGGUCCUAUCGAUGACUCCAAUGAUGGUUUUGGACAUGUGAAGAGAAAAGGCUCCGGUAUUAAGAAGUUCGGAGACCUGUGGAGGAAGAAGGGCCAGAAAUAAGUCAAGACUUCUCUACAAUAGUCAACCUCUGUAACAACAUUUCACUAUAACAACCACGUUUUCUGUGGAACCGAUCUUUCAUGUUAUGUUGUAUUAUAUGUUCUCUAUAACAGCAAUUCGCUAUAGCAACAAAAAAAUUAUCAAAACAAACGAUGUUGUUAUAGGGAAGUUUGACUGUAUUCCCGAAAACACAAAAAUACUUCUAGCAGAAAUGGUUACUCACCAUUUCAAUUUUCUUGGCUAA